AUGCUUUUCAAUAUUGUAGGUACUAUUGCAUUCUGUCCGCUUUUGCUGGUCGGCAGUGUCCUCGCACAAGGGCCAACAACAACCGUUUCCGCACCGGGCUCUAGGUGUACUUUGCCAUGUCCUAGCGAAUCUCCAACUGCCCCAGACCCAGACCGGAGGUUUGUCUGCCGCGACAAUAGACUAGGUCCAGUCGAUUUGCCUUCAGAACCCGCUAUCGCGGAGAUGCUAGAUGGCUAUGACCAAUUCGGAGGGCUAUGCCCUCAAGAAUAUUUUCAUCACUGGUUCAAUGACACCAAUCAGCACUACAUAAACCCACCUGGAAAUGGAUUUCUCCUAGACGCAUACAACAGGCCAAUGUAUACAGAAGUCACAAUCCCAGCCGGCACUCUCCUUGAUCGUUUUGGCGGGCUCAAUGCGAGUUUUCUAUCUAUCUUGGGGACUGCUUACACUCGACGCGCUAUUUCACCCGGAAACCUCAGCCGUAGAAGAAGCGCAACUGCUCCUAUCUAUUACGUCUUCAAUGUCACACAGCCCAUCCGAGCCCAAUUCGGUCGAAGUGCUCCCUGGUAUGGCCAGCAGGGAGGGGAAUUGCAGUACUACUUGCCAGAUACCUCUACUCAAGCCCUUAUUGACCAGGGCUCAUUGGAACUUCUAGAGUCACUUUGA